GGAUGGGGCAGCCUCGACGACCCUCCGGGUAGAGCUAAUGGACUAUAGGCCGAUACAUACCACUACUACGACAAGCCGGUAAAACGCGGUAUAUUGGGUGAUAUCUUGGGGAAACUUAAUGGCGACAAGAAUGGAGAGACCGCCGCCGCAAAGACUGUGACAGAGACCGUCCGACAAACGAUAACCGUGGGCGCUGCCGCUGUGGGGGGAGGAGUUAACCAGACAGCCGCUGUCAAGACCGAGACCAAGACAGUUACUAUGACCCAGGCUGCAGGAGGUCAGAAGGCUGGGAACGGAACUGUUCAGAAUGCAGAUGGGGCCGUGUUGUCAUUCGUGACAACGACCGUUUUUGGUACCGGACAAGCACCAACGGUCACAAUCACAGCUCUAGCCUCAACCGUCACUCAGCAAGUUACAAUGACGAUGGUCCAGAUGAUCGCCUGUGGCACAACUCAAGGGGCGCCGGUGCCAGCAUCCGAAGCUGGUGCAAUCGCUUCAUCGGCUGCUGCUGCUGCCUCCUCUGCGAUUGCCGCAAUCUCGUCGGCCUCGAUUGCGACAACUGCAAAAGGCGUCCCCGCGCCAUCAUCUGCUACUGUUAUUGCCAACCCUGCAACUUCGUCUUCUGCUGCUGCGGUUGUUGCGAACCCUGCGCCUUCGUCUUCUUCUUCUGCUGCUGCUGUUGUUGCGAACCCUGUGCCUUCGUCUUCUGCUGCUGGAGUUGCGAAACCUGCACCUUCGUCUGCUGCCGCCGUUGCAAAUCCUGCCACAGAAGUCCCUUUGGUGUUCACUUCAGGUGCUGCCCAACUCGCCUCGACGGCAGUUGUAGUCGGCCAGCCUCCUGCUGCUUCCGCUGUGGCAACUAGUAGUUCUUCUGUCAUCAUUCCGUCUGUUGUGACAUUAUCCUCAACUGCUACAGCAGCUCCAGUACAACCCACGGCCGUCCCGGUGGCUGUGUCGUCGAUUGCACUGGGUGGUAACCCUGCAGUAGCUGCGCCGGCCGUGACGACCUCAGCGAUGAAUCCCGCCAACAUACAGGGCGUCAACGUAGGCCCAACGGUCAACCUGAGCGGGCUGUCGCUGAACAGUGUCAUCAACCUUGGUGCGCUCAUCCAACAGACUGCCGUCCCUACAGCUCAAGGCAACGCGGCAAGCCCCGUGUUCCCUUAAGAUAAUGCCAUCAUCCCUGGGCAAUCGGAUGUCUUUUUGUCACUUUGUUCGUUGAUUCCCCUGGGCAAUGAAUGUAUAGAAUCAUCAGGUAGUCUAGAUAGUCAUCCGUGCGAGCAUGGAA